AUGGGAUUCAACCCGCCAAACCUGGACUGGUGGGACGCGAAGGUGUGCCGUGACUACCUCUUUGGCACCUGUCUGCACGACACUUUCUCUAACACCAAAAUGGAUCUUGGCGCGUGCCCGAAGACGCACAGUGAGCGUAUUCUGAAGCAGUUCAAGGAGGCUCAGGCUGCGACGCCAAACGACCCCCGCAUCCUCCAGUUCAAGCAGGAGCACGAGGCGAACAUUUACCAGUAUGUGGAGGAGUGCGACCGCCGCAUCCGCGCGUCGCAGCGCAAGCUCGAGAAGACGCCCGAGGAGAACCGCAAGACGAUUGACCUGAUGAAGGAGAUUGGCGAGAUUGAGCUGUCGAUUCAGAAUGGAACGGAGGAGAUUGAGAAGCUCGGAGAGGCGGGCAAGAUCGAGGAGUCGAUGGAGCGCCUUGAGGCCGUCGAGGCGCUCAAGCAGCUCAAGACGGACAAGGAGAAGGAGCUGAAGAUUCUGGACGAGAAUGCCGGAGCGUCGGGACACCAGAAGCUGCGUGUGUGUGAGAUCUGUGGUGCCAUGCUCUCGGUGCUCGACUCGGACAAGCGUCUCGCGGACCACUUCGGAGGAAAGAUGCAUCUCGGCUUCCACGAGCUGCGCAAGCUCAUGGCCCAGUGGGCCGAGGAGCGCAUGCGCGGACCCCCGCGUACGGGCCCGCCUCCCUCUUCUGCUCCGCCGCCGGGCCCGCCUCCUGGCCGCGUCCCUCCCUUCCCGAUCAGCAGCCAUCCGGACGACCCGAAACGCGAGGCGGGCGAGGUCACCGAGGACCCGCGCGACCGCGGACCGGCGAUGCGUUAUGACGACCGCCCGCCCGCCGGAGGAGACAGGUACGGCGAGCGCAGCGACAGGUACGGCGACCGUGAGAGGCGCGACCGCUACGGAGGGUCGUCGCGGUAUGACGACCGCGACCGUGAGAGGGAUCGCUACGGCAGCUCGUCGCGAUACGACGACCGCGACCGCGACCGCGGACACGAGAGGAGGAGAUCGCGCUCCCGGUCGCCUAGCAAGCGCCGUGUGGUUUAG